CUCUGUUGUCCUCUGUCAUCCCCGCGCGCUGUGAUUCGGUAUCUCUCUCGCGCAGGCGGCGGUGGCGUGGCGCAGCGCGCGCCCAUUACCCGCGCAGUUUAUCUUUUUCUUGCCUGGCUCGCGCGAGCGGAAGGCGCUCUCACGAGGAGCUGAGCUCGCGCUGCAAUCUGUGGCAGCUGGAAAUGGACAGCGACAGCAGAGGAGCUCCGCAGCCGACUCACUCAGAUAUUAUGAAACGUCCAAAGAAAAACGAGUGGAUGGACAACAACCUUCCCACCAAAAGUAAGGAAGGCCAGGAGGAAGAAGAAGAGGAGAAUGAAAGGGUGAGGAGGGUGAGGGUUGGAUUCAAGGCCAAGCGGGAGCGUCGGCCGGGCAGCAGCAGCGCCACCAUGUGCCAGGUGUGCAACAUAAGGCUAAACUCCAGCGCCCAGGCGCAGAUCCACUACAGAGGCAAGACGCAUCAGAGGAGGCUUCGCCGACUGGCAAAAGCUGUCAGCGCAGGAGCGCUGUCCCAGAACCAGGUCCACCCGCUCCUCGGGUCGCUGCCCCUCCCGGGUCGACCCCUUCAGCCGCAGACCCAGCUGGAGCACUUCCUGCCGCUCAGGGUCAACGGCUCCUCGCCCCUCAGCCUCUUCCCCAACUUCAACGCUGUAAGGAAACAUGAUUUAAAUUGUCACAUUUCUAUACUUUCAAGUCAAAGAUCAGAUGCUAAUGAGUAUUUAGAAAUAUCAAGGACUCUUGAUAAAACCCAGGCAGAAGCCCACUACAAAGGUCACAAGCAUGCUCGCAAGCUAAAGGCCAUGGAGACCCAGAAGAACCGGCAGAAGAAUGGACCCGGUCAGCCCUCUGCUGGGAAAGACAGAGACGCAGAGACGGCGAUGAUGGAGGGGGAAACGGCGCCGAUCGAUGCUCAGCUGAAAGACAAAACAGACCCAAACGCCUCGCCCCAGCCUGAAAGCAGCCAUGGGAACUCGCAGAGCGCCUCUCCAUCCUCCACGCCUUCAUGCUCAGACUCCUCCUCACCCUCCUCUGCUCAUCAGACCCUCCAAGCCUCCGACGGCUCCCAGCUUUCCGACCUUCCUUCAGAUCCCCCACAUGCAGACGGCGGCGACGCGGCCAGUGGUUCGGCAUCAGACUCUGAUCCUCAGGGAAGCGCCGCAGCAGGAGAGGAGGAGGCCGCCGCGGGGAAAGAGGCCAAAAACAACAAAAAGCCUCUGCACUGUCCAACCUGCAAAGUGACGGUCAACUCCAACUCCCAGCUGGAGUCUCACUGCAGCGGCUCUAAGCACAAACAGAUGCUGGACGGUCAGAACAACAGCCAAUCGCACCGCAGGGUCAAGGUGACAUCAACUCCCAGACCAAAAGGUCGAAUGAAGCAGCGGAUGGGGAGCAAGAGCAGAACGGUUGUUGGUAUAACCAGCCAAGCAUUUCACUGUGAACUGUGCCAAGUGUCUGUCAACUCAGAGACGCAGCUGAAGCAGCACACAAAUAGCAGGAGACACAAAGAGCGAUUGGCUGGGAAGCCUGUCAAAGCAAAGUUCACCCCCUAUAAUAAACUUCACCCCAAUGCUGUCUUAGCGACUAAACUGGCUCUGCACAAGCAGUUGUCCAAAGCCCUGCCGGCGGGUCUCCUGAGCGGCCCCUUCAACCCAGCUGCACUAUGCAGCAUGACGUCCGGGCCCCUGGCGCUGCGACUGCCUCCGGGGCCCACAGCCAUCAUCCCCGGCCCCAUCAUAAACCCCACACUCUUCAGGCCUGCGCCGGGACCGCUAAGGGCCACACAUGCUCCUAUAAUCUUCUCUCCUUAUUAGUGAUUAGCACAAGCUAUUUGAACUGAGAGAGGAGUGGAAAACUUGACCAAAACUGGACUUGUGGAAAUGAUUAUCUUGGUCGGCUGUUCCCAGCACAGUUCUGCCUAGGUGACCCAAAACACUGCAGAUACAAAYGGAGCAGCGAGAUUCUCAGCUGAUGGAGGACUCAGAGCUCCAGGAAGGAUCAGCUGUCAGCCGUUUCCUGGCGAGCAAACAGCCGAGUGCGUGUCUGGACCUCUCUGCAAGCCAUAAUGAUCACUUAGUUUCAUUACUGACAACAACAAACUAAGAUAUCAAGGAGUUUAAAUGCUUGAAGACAUGCUUUCAUUAUAGAGAUUUCUAAUCGUACUCUGGAGAAAACACUCGCAGCUUUAGUUUUCAUAAGGGAAUCAAAGCUUAUCGUUUCCAUGUUUCAUUAUUGCCCUAUAAAACGUUAUAAGAAUAUAAGCGACUUAAACAUUUAAAACAGAAAUCUGCAGUUUUGCACUGAUGAAAAUUUUGUAUCUUUACAAAGUUGCAUCUUUUUUUAUGCUCAUUUAAUGUACAUUUGUUUUAUUUUGAUUUAAAAUGUCUUUUUUAGUCUGUAUCAGUGUCUGUUGAUGUUUGUGUGAAAACGGUGACAAUCAGCCGCCAUGCUUACAUGAAUGAACGAGCGUCUACCUAACAACAUCUAAUGUACAAAGUGAAAUGAUUUUAAAUAAAGUUAUAGUUAUUGUUUGGUAUAUUUAUUAAAGUUUACACUUUAGGUUACCCUGUUUACGGCAUUUUUAUAUGAAAAGUAGUAUUUAUCUGCCAUUACAGAUUUGUUUAUCAAUAUGUUGCUUAACAUUCAUGAGCACCAUACAGAGGCAUAUUUCUCUUUGACAUUACACAAAAUGGGAAAAACAAGAGCACAUUAUUUAUAAUCUCUAAUUCUGCCAAUAUUGAACUGCCAUGUGAUCCUUUGGGAAAACAUUUUAAUGUUUAAACAGGUGAAAUUUAAGGUAAAAUAAUGGUUAUGCAACAGCUUGAUGCUGUUUGUGCACUAUGAAUGAUCAGGUUCUGCCUGAUCAGAAACAUCUAAAUGAGUUAUUUUGUUUAGAGGGUAAAGAACAAUCUACUUUCAUUACAGAUAUAAAUCUACCAUGUGACUGCUGAAACUCACUGAGCAAUAUUCUUUUUCUUUUUAUGCCACCUGCUAAGAUUAACCAGAAGUGUAACUGUUUAUUUAUUGCAAUAAUGUAAACCAUUAUGUGACUAGGAAAAUGUUAAUAAUGUAUUCCACAUCAACUUAUAAAUAUCUCUUGUUGUUUUGUAA